GUGUAGUGCUGAAGGCAGACUGACUGGAGGAGCUGUGGAAAGAGGAAGUUGGUGCCUGAAACUUUAUAGGAGAUUAGUGACUGAAACUCGGUGCAACAGAGUUUGGCAGCCGGUGUGCGGAACGUGGGCGACCGAGCUGAUAAAUGGAGUGUGAACACGGUGGCUGAUCUGACGAUGGGAACCAGCGGGCCGGAGGGGGACGGCUGCCGCUGCAGCUGCAGCUGCUGCGGGGAGGAGGAGAGCUUGUGUCGGCAACAAACUCUGAUUGAGCUCCUGCGCCACAAGGAGACGCAGAUGCAGCGGCUGGUGCGCUUCUUGGUGACGGCGAGCCUGCUGCUGGUGCCACUGGUCCUGGCUGUGGUGCUCAUGUGUGUGGUCGGGAGAAGUGCCCGUUCAUCCGACUGCCAGCACAUGGUGCACGAGGGUGACCAUUCAUCCGCCGUCAGCGGCAAACAGGAGCAGCAGAAGCAGCCUGGCAAUCCAAGUGCUCUGGUGACAGCUGUAUCCCACCGUUCCACUGAGAAGGAUGUCCUUGAAUGGGAGGACAAGCGAGGACACGCCCACCUGGACGGAGGUUUUGGCUACUUUGAUGGAAACCUUGUGGUGCCCAGGGAUGGCAACUACAAGGUUUAUGUGCAGAUCACCUACGAGAAAUACGAUGAUUUCCCCUGCGAAGAGGAGCUGAGGCUGUUUCAGUGGGUGUACAGGUUUCAGCAGAGCUACCCGGAUAAUGUGACUCUAAUGUCAUCAGUGGACACGAUGAGCUGCAGCAUGACCAGGCCCAAGAAAUCACUCUAUGCGUCUGCAGUGUUUCCUCUGAAGGCCAAAGACAGACUGUGGGUGAGAUCAAGCCACCCUGAACUGAUUUGUCAUGAAGAACACCAAGUGUUCUUUGGUGCUGAUCUUGAGCCACAAUGACUCAGCCAGCCACCGGAAGGUGCCUUGUGACCAUUUUCACAUUGCACCUCGUGACAUUGCUAACGUUACAUCUUAACCCUAUAAAGCCUGAACUAUGAAAGAAUUGGCAGAAAAUUCAAAUUUUUGG